AAAUACCACCAGUGCUCGUGCGAAAACCGUUCGUUUCAUCGUCUAGGGUAGUGCUAGGAACUUCGUCGAUAGUUGUGAAAAAUGAUCACCCGAAAGUGUCACCCUCCACUACUCGAUCUGUACCUACGAUCGCAGCAAUAAUGGUUAGUGUCAAGCAAGUAAGGCACAAACUAUGGAACGUUCUGCACGCGCUGUGCCACGAUCCGAAGCGCCUGGUCCGUGGAAUAGUGCUGUUCAUCUGCAGCAUCGUCGUGAUGUACCAGCUGACCGACUGUUUCAAGAAGCUGUGCAAUCCACCAAUCUCCACCCACUCCCGGUUCGAUCUGAACGAGUCCAUGCUCUAUCCCGCAAUAACCUUUUGCCGCGAGCCAGCCUACAAGGCAGACGUCAUGGCCAAGUACAACCUGGCGAUGCACCCCAAGUACACCAGUUCGUUCGACCAGUUUCCCUUCAACGAGUCCUCGCUGGAGCAACUGUUUGGUGAAGCGACCUACAACCAUAGCGAGUUUUUCAUCCAGCACGGCCUGAACGGUGGCACAAACAAUAUAGAGGUGGUGGAAAGUUUGCAUUUGGACAUGGGACGAUGCUACACGUUGAAUCCGCUGAUUACCACCAAACAUUCCUGGAAGGAGGCGGGCUACUCGAUCAUGUUGCGCCAUGACACGAACAUCUCGCGAGUGAGCGUUGGCGAUACCCCGCCCGGCUGGCAUGUGUUCAUUCACGAUGAAACCGAAGGAUUCGCUGAAAACCGCAUGCAAUCGUCCGGCCGGGUGGAGUAUCUGUUUCUGGAGGUUAACGAAGAAAUGGAAAUUCGCCUAUCAACGCAGCACUUCUUCAUGUUGGCAAGUUACGAAAAUGAAUGCGUCGAGUUUUCCACCGUUAGCUCUACCAGGUGUGGAGAAAUUUGCCACUGGAAUGCAGUGGUUGAAUCAGUCGGAUGCUCCGGACCCUGGAUGCCGGGAAUAGGGGUCCAGGAUUGUGACAAUGCCGAAAAUACGAAGCAGCUGAUAAAAUUCUACCGUCAGCUAGAAGAUCUGGAUGGGACACAGUGCGGGUGCUUUCAACCCUGCACCACCACCAUAUACACGGCGUCCGUGAUGAAUCGCAAACCGUUCCACAUCAGUGUUCCGGCUGCACAGCUUUGGGUGUACUACACGUCCAAGAUGGUGACGAUUGUAGAAGAAUUCCACGGCUAUGAUUUCAACCAGUUUGUCUCAGAUCUUGGAGGUUCUCUUGGCUUUUUGCUCGGUUUGUCGGUUCUCGGGCUAAUUGGACUGCUGGAGAAAAUUGUGGAGCUGGUCUUCAUUCGACGGCUGUUGGCCGAAAAGCGCAAGAAACAAAUGGCCAAGGAAGGAGCCGGCAAAGAUCCGACGCAACCAACACGAUCUGAAGACUUCGACACUUCGAAUCAAUCGGAUGAUGCGAAGAUGUCUGAAACCGGGCAACCAACGGAGACUAGUCUGAAACAGUAAAAAUGUUACUAAAGCGAUCACUCUAUGCUAUUUCCUGACAUACGAGAGAAAAAAAAGUACCAAAAAAUAUAUAUUUCCAACAUCAAAAA